AUGUCUAUCAAAAUCACCGAUACCCUCCCGCUUCCUAACAGCAGCGAGCGGAUUCCGCGCCUGGGCUUUGGCGUUUACCGUUCCCCAUCCGCGCAAUGCGUCCAGUCCUGCCUCAAGGCUCUGGAAGUGGGAUACCGACACAUCGACACCGCGCAGUUCUACGGCAACGAGAGCGAGGUCGGUGAGGCUCUGCGCACCAGUGGCUUGCCCCGCGACCAGAUCUUUGUUACGACUAAGAUUCUCAGCCCCGCCGGCUCGGUAGAGGCGACCUACACCAAGCUGCUGGAGAGCGUUGAGAAGGUUGGUGGACCUGGCGGGCGUAAGCAGCUGUGGCAGGCGCUGGAGAGGCUACAUGGAGAGGGCAAGGCCAAGAGCAUCGGAGUGAGCAACUACGGCGUGCAGCAUAUUGAGGAAAUGAAGGCUUAUGCCAAGAUCUGGCCGCCGCAUGUGAACCAAAUCGAGCUCCACCCCUGGUGCCAGCAGCGAACGAUCGACACAUACUGCAAGCAGCACGGAAUUGUCGUCGAGGCCUAUUCGCCAAUUGUCCGUAAUAACAAGGCCAAUGAGCCCACGCUUGUCGAGAUCGCCAAGAGGAACAACCGGUCGACGCAGCAAGUGCUGAUCCGUUAUGCGCUGCAGAAGGGAUGGGUGCCUCUGCCGAAGACCGACAACGAGUCGCGAAUUGCAGCAAAUGCCGACGUCUUCGACUUCAAUCUGAGCGCGGACGAAAUGGACCUCCUGGAUUCUCUGGACCAAGGUGCUGCAGGAGCUAUCGUCGAGGCCGUCGAGAAUGAGUGA